AUGUUUCGCAAACUGGUUGAGUUUGCGGCGAUCUUCCAAGCCUUGGGUGUGGGAGCGGAGACUGCAUGCCUUUCGAACGCGAUAAGCUCAAGUCAAAGGAAGAACUUGACUGCGAACGGUGAGUCCUAUCCAAUCGGCCUUUGGAUCAACAACUGGGAUGCUAGCUUCGUGACGACCGCCACCCUCCACAUCCUCAUAGAGGAGCUGUUGGGCUACAACGUCAUUGAAACUGGAGUUGGGCCCGGGACGACCAAUGCCUUCUACGCCUCUAAGCAGGACCUUAGGAUGUGUUUCUUAAUUAUAUUGGUUUGUUUAAGUAGGGUAACCCACAACCACAUCAAUAUCGAGCAGUGGCCUGAGGACUACGCUGCGGUAUGGGCCGAAAUCGUAACGAAGUACCCAUCUUCAGCUCCCGUGGAUUUGGGCUCCAUGGGCUACGAUGGCGCGAUCUCCACCUACUUUGCUCGGUCCAUCCUCGCAGAGUCAUAUUUCCAGGAUGGCGCCGUGCUUCAGCACUAUCGCAGCUGGAAUACGUCGUGGAGCCAGAAUGAGAAGUACUUUGCGAGCCUGGCGUCCAUCGACAAAAGCCUCUUGCACCCCUGCAAUGAGACUCAACUAAUGGCCUCGUCGCAAAAUGAGGGUUACCUCAAGUUCACAGGCGACAUGGACGGCCUGCGGCAGCAACCGAACGGAGACUUGGUGGCCUACUGCCCGGAUGGCUACUGGUGGCUAUCACCGGCCUGCCGUCACAAUGCUUCUCGGUGCGUGCCGUAUGUGACCGCCGCUUUGGGGUGGUGGGGCUUGGACGACAUGAUGCAGAAGGUCACGGCCUACGACAUGCCCGUGGCCGUUGGGGUGUCCAGGAGAUGGGAAGAGUUUGCGCUGCAGGUCAAGUGUUUGUUCUACUGGUGGAUUCCUGACGCGACAUUCCUCGACCUGGCCCCGGUGGACAUCACCUUUCCGCCCUAUGACUUCAAUGCUUACAUCAAUGGCGACAAGCGAACGGCAGCCGCUUCCAGCGCGGUCACCAAGAUCGUUAGCCAAGACUUGUCCUCCUUGGCCCCAAAUGUGGUGGAGUUGGUUCGGAAGAAGGAUGUGAUGGACAUGAUGCAGGAAUGGAGAAAAAGUGGCGACACCACCAGGGACGUUGCGUUUGGUCUCUACAACACCAAUCUCGAGGAUUUCACGAGCAUCAGGGAUGACCUGACGUUUCUGGAAUGUCGGGCGUGUGUGUCGGGGCGAUACUCAAAACAGAUGCAGGAUGACAUUGGCAUAACCUAUGAGUGCAGGCCCUGUGAGCCGGGCACCAGCCAGCCCUCCGGCGCGGCGUUGGCCUGCGAGCCGUGCCAGCACGGCGAGUAUCAGAACAAUUCCGGGAGCCAAAGCUGCAACAGAUGCGACAUCGGCCAGUACCAGGAUCAAAAAGGCUCGCCCUUGUGCUUUUCGUGCCCAGAGGGCGGAACAACCCUGGGCUUUGGCUCGAUCUCCAGGGCAGACUGCGGAUGUCCGGCAGGGUACAUCAAUGUCGAGGGCAACGCGAGCCAGCUGAGUUGUGCGGAGUGUGGCGAGGGCUUUGAUUGUCCUGCCCUCAGCACACGCGACAGCCUCAUCUCCGGUAGCUCCGCUUUGGGCGAUCAAUUCGUGCCGGUUGUCCUGGAGAACUUCUACAGCACCCCUGAGGCUCCCUUAGCCGCGUACCGGUGCGUCGGCGAGUUUCGCUGCCCCGGCGGAACGCCGGGAAGCUGCCGCAGCAGUCUUCAGGGCACCGCAUGUACCGAUUGCCCGCAGGGACAAACUUGGGGUGAAGCUCGGUAG